ACUGCCAACUCCUUCCUUUCUCUUCUGUAACUGUAAGAACAAAAAGUCCUCCCUUUCUUUUCCAGUUUUCCUCCACCCUUUGGACGUAAAUCUCUAUUCUGUUUUCCCCCCCGGAAAACCCCAUUAACAAUCCCCUCCUCCAAUCUUCAAUUCCACUAAAAGUCAUCUCCGUAGAGAUGGUUGGCGGCCACAACAACGCCGCGUGGAUGGACUAAUCCGUACAGAGAUAUGACAAUUCACAUCCAGAUCCAGUCGGAUGGUGGAAACUAAGCGGCAGGGAUGACGACUACUGACGAAGCGUCAGUGGAGGCAGAGGAGGAAGGAAUUGUGUUAUGUGGACUGAAAAAGAAUCCGACAAUGGCGAUGGAGAUUACGGCAGUAGCGACAUGCUAUAGUAGGGGAACCGACUAUUGUGUAAGCCAAAACUCUGUCCUUAAAUUAGUUAUGCGGAGCAAACGUGGACGCGGUGACAUGGUGCUACGGCGGGGAAUCAAAGGGGCUCCUUCUCCCCAGUCCGCAAUAAGUCACGUCCGUCCUGGCGUCCUCCGCUCCGAGUCCGAGAAAACUGAAACUAUAACCCUUUGAUAACACACAGUCAAUCACCGUUACCC